AUGUUGUAUCUUGGUCUGUCGUCGUCUCUACGCUCUUCUCUGCGCCGUAAUGUGGCAGAUGCAAUUAUACGACCCCGUGCACAGCCCUUCUCGACGCGCGCACAGUCAAACAAUGCGAAUAUACGGAGUGUGUUGCAAAACCGCCCGACCGUCUUGUCACCCACUCUGUUCUACCGCUUCUCGCGUUCUGUCACAACGGAUGCGCACACUGUGACAGCCUCUUCAUCCCAAGAUGCUUGGAAGCGUUUUGGAAUCACAGCGGCUGUUGUUGCGGGCACUGUCAUCCUAGCUGAAGGCUUCUUGAACAGAGACACGCGCGAUAGAUUGAGCCCAGCUGAACAAUCCUACUUGCAUGAAAGUUUCAUGUACACAGGGGCUGGCCUGACGUUGACUGCAGUCGCCGCUCGGAGUUUGUUUAGGUCCGGUGCCGCCUUCAGAAUCAUGUCCGCGAACCCUUGGGUGGUACUCGGUGUCAGUCUUGCGGGUAGCAUCGGAUCCAUGAUGGGUGUCUUCUACACGCCACCAGAGCAGACCUUCCAGAAGCACGUUUUUUGGCUGGCAUUUAAUGCGUGUCAAGCCGCAACCCUAAGCCCACUCUUCUUCCUGAGCCCUGCCAUUCUAUCUCGCGCAGCCCUCUACACGUGCGGCGUGGUUGGCUCUCUUUCUUUCGUGGGCGCCACAGCCAAAAAUGACAAAUAUCUGUACAUGGGUGGACCACUGCUGGCUGGUGUCACAGUUGUCGCUUUGAGUUCACUUGCUCCACUUGCUCUCCCAUUGGGUAUGCGUGGCCUUGCUGUUGCAGAAACUCUCUCCCUUUAUGGAGGUCUUGCCGUCUUUGGUGGGCUCGUACUCUAUGACACCCAAAAGAUUUUGCAGCAUGCACGUAUGGCGGAGACGGGUGUCAUUCCCAGGGAUCCCGUAAAAGAAUCUGUUGCCCUUGAACUCGACAUGAUCAACAUCUUUAUCCGCCUUGUUCAGAUCCUGGCUAUGCGCCAAAACAACCGAAAGUGA